GGGGGUCAUUUGAGUCUAAAGGCUUGAGAACCACUGCUUUAAUGGGAUCAUAGUAUUAUAGUAAACAGCUGUCAGUGAUGCUUCCCACACAACCUCCCACAGAAGUCAGUGUCAGAGUAAAUUUUGGUGACAUUUGGUCAAACUGGAAGAACAUCCUUGACACUAUGUGAAGGGGUAUUGUGUGAAAACACAUAAUAUACAAUGGACAAACAAGAGGGAAUGUUUCCAGGUCAUGACGGUCAUGUUCCACAUCGCAUUUUAGAACAUGCCUGAAAAAUCUGGAAAACCCACGUCCCAGGAUAAAAACAGUAUACUGUGAAUUAAAGAGUGUAGUAGGGAACUCAAGCUACUCUGCAUGCUAUUUGCCAUAUUAAAAACACACACUGUUCAAUUUUUUUUUUUUUUUGUGGGCUGGUGUUCUUAUCUGAGGCCCUGGAUGUGUUUAUUGGUAGUUAUUUUCAUGUGCCAAUAUUUGUGUCACUUGGUCUGUAACAUCUAGAUUCACACCGAUUUCAUCAACAAAAUGCAACCGUCCCUUUAAAUGUGAGUUAAAAUCAUGUUAAGCUGUUGGUUAUAAUCACACUCUGGACAAUCAUAUGUAAUAAUGGUAUUUGUAAUAAAGUGGAUCGAUGUAUCAUCAAUUGUAGCAUGUUUUUUCCUCUUGGAAAUGUUAUAUUAUACAAUAAACACAAACUGGACAAAAAAUGCUUCUCUUCUGCAUGUUUUCACUUGAUUUUGGAGUUUUACAAAUUCUGCCAUUUAGCGAGUGUGAUGUGAAGAGAGUGGGUGAAUGAGACAGUGGAGCUUCAGAUGAGAAGAAUGGAGGGAAUGUAAGUCUAGUUCCCACUAUUUCCUGACGCACUCUUCCCCCUUCAUUCUCUUGCUUCUCUCUUCCAGUAAACAGACCACAGGAUCACAGUCUGGCAGAAAUUAUGUGUGAUUCCAAAAUACAUGGUCUCAAGAUACAGGGGGGUACCCACUGGCUCAACUUACCCCACUCUGCCCUACUCUGCUUGCAUCCAGUUCCUCACACACACAAUUUAAACUUAAAAUAACCAUUCAAAAAGUUCGAAAAUGCUGACGCGAAUUACAAGAGUGUUCAGAGCAGGCUGUUUUUAGUAAUAUCGCAUCAUAAAACAUAAAGGCCAAGGUACAUUUAACCACUUAAACUACUCAGUUGAAGCAUUCGGAAAAUCUUCGAAUCGAUUUAUCGUUACACCCCUACUUGGAAUAAGGCUGUGCAAUGAACUCAAGGGAGCUAGAUCUAACUGGAAACACAUUACCUGCAGGAUCUCCCAUCAUCUCACCUUCUCUAUCCUCAGCAAGACUCUCUCCAUGUCUUAUCCCUCCUUCUCCUUCCCCUUCCCGUCUCUCUCCGUGUCUUGUUACCUCAGAAUCUUCUCCCUCUCAUCUCUCACCUUUAUCCACUUCUCCUUCUCGUCUCAGUCCAUCUUCUCACUUUAUUUCAUCUUACUCUCCUGUUCGUCUGUCUCCCUGUCCCACAUGUGACCCAUCUACCUCACCAACUAGAGUGUCCCCCUGUCCUGUGCCUCUUUCCCCAUCUGUUGUCUUAAAAAAGCCUAUCCAUAUUUCCUCCUUCAAUCAGAGCUUGGAACAAGAGAACCUGACUGAUAGUUCUCCACAAAGCAUCAUCAAUACAGUGGAUACAUCCCUAAAUUCACCACAGCUGAAGUCAGUCAAGACCAUUUCUCAAGUAGAGACAAUUAGAGGACAUUCUGCUGUUAUGCGUGGCAAAACAUGGCCAGCAGAAAGCAAAAUGUCUAGAUUCACACCCAUUUUAUCCACUGAGAGAAGUGUAAGAUCAAUCCCCAUAACCAACACAAGGGGUCAAAAGAAGCAAACUGGCCUACAACAAGAACCAUUCAGACCUCAACAGCAGAAUAAACUAAAGCAAAAUUCAAACAUCUAUUGCAGGGGAGCUACCAAGCCUUCAACAUUUGAAAGCUUAAGCCCUAAAAACCUCAGACAUGUUGAAAAAAGUCCAUACAGACCACAAAAUCUAGCUAGCUAUCAAAAGAAGCGUCAAUCCCAAGACCCUACGCUAGUUCGAAUCCGCCUUGGAUUGAUUAAAACAGGCAGGAUUAUAAACUCUGGUGCUCAGUUUUCUAAUCUGGAGAAGAUCAAGGGAAGCUGUGAAGAGAACAACCCCAAAACUCAGAGAGAUGGGCAUCCUGCUGUUUCGGAGAAGUUAAAACAGCCUAUUCCUUCAAAGGUAAUGUUAGAGGCAGCCAAGCAGGUAAUAAGACCCAACGUGGUGAGUGAGAGGAGCUGUGGGAAACCUCAAAACCACCCACAAGUUUCAGCUGAAGGAACAACACAGUCAGGACUUACAAAUCCAAUCUCAUCACCUGAGGCUACCACACACCAAAAGGAUAUUUUUCAAGAACUGGAAUACAGUGAACUGGUUUCGUCCAGCCCAGAGCUUCGAAACAGAGUUUCAGAGGACUCUUCGUACUCUUCCCAACUGAAUCAAACCAGUGCCAGUGACAGCCAAGAGUCUAAACCAAAGGUUAGGCCUCAGUCUUCAGCUUCCGAGACAGACACCACCGUCAUUACAUCCCGUUACAGUAAUACAGCAGAUCAGUGCAGCCGGAUGAGCUGCUUCCAGUUUCCUUUGAAGAAUCACAGAUCAUCCACUGAAUGCGGUCAGCUGAGUCGAAUCUGUAGACCUGUGAUCAAAAGAACAUCUGACAGUAGACCGACAUACUUCAAAACACCUCAGGCAUGGAGAAGAUCUUCCUCAAACCAAACAUUGAACACAAGAAGGGAUGUCAGCAAUUUAUCCCAAAAUAGAUGCAGCCUUUCGGAUUCAGAUUCUUCUAAAUCCUCUUCAAGCGAAGUGACCUUGCAUGAAGAUUACAGAUUCGCAAGAAGACACAGAGGCUUGCGGUUAUACAAAAAGUGUGCUGUUAGCUGUCCAACUAAAUUUGUUGGAGACAAUCAUGAUUCAGCUGUUCACCCGGACCUCUCGGACAGCCCAAACACACACACAAAUUCUGAAACAGUGAAAUGUUCCUUGACUGGACGGAUGCCGCAGUGUCCAUUCACUCAACAAGAGUCCAAACACAUACUUCAUACAACAGAUUGUGACAGAUUUCAAGACAUAGACUCCUCGCGGUUAACAGAGCAAGAAGACCCCCCACCAUUACGGCCAUCUGUAGUCGCAGACACGAAGAGCGGAGCUGACGUAGAGGCCUGUCUUGAAGAAUCUGUGUCUACAGGUGGGUGCAACGAUAAAUUACUGAAAUAG